GUGCUGGGGGCUCUAAGCCCAACCCCGUCCGCGGGGCAGGAACCAGCCCCGAGCCCCCACCCCAGCGCCCGGCCCAACGCCACCAGGCCGGUGUUCCCGGUAUUCCCGUGCGGGGGGGACCAUCGCGGGGAGUCGGGGUUCAUCGCCAGCGAGGGCUUCCCCCGGCAUUACCCCCCCGGCAGCAACUGCACCUGGACCAUCACGGUCCCCGAGGGCCAGGUGGCCACCCUCUCCUUCCGCAUCUUUGACCUGGAGCCGGACCCUCUGUGCCGCUUUGACGCCCUCUCGGUGUUCGGGGGCCACGGCCCUGGGGCGCCGCUUUUGGGGCGCUUCUGUGGCACCUUCCGCCCGGGGGCACUUCGGGCACCCCAAAACCGGCUCCGGCUGCACAUGGAGAGCGACGGCGGCACGGCUGGGAGGGGCUUCCUGGCCUGGUUCAGCGCCGGCAGCCCCCCGACCAACGGUGGGUGAGAGAGGGCCUGGCGGGGAGACCCCCCAAAAAAAAAACCAAGGGGGAGGGAGCACCGCCGGCGAGGAGUAGGGACAAUCCCACAGGGACACCCCCAAACCCACCCAAAGAGAUCCCUGGAAAUGUGGACGACUCCAAAACCUUAUAGCAACAACCCCAAAGUCUUGUAGAAACCCCAAAAUCCCCCAAAUCCCCAAGGAGACCCCAAAAACCGUGUGGGCUGAGAGGCCAAAACCCCUUCCAGGAGGUCCUGGGGGUCCUGGAAUGAGAUGGAAAAAGAGAGAAAAGCUGCUGAGGGCAGAGCAACUGUGAAGUUAGAAAAAGUGUGGAAGAAAACAGUGGGAAAUGAGGAGAAAGUGUGACUGGAAAAGGAGGUAAACGUGUGAAACUGAAAACAGAAGGGGAAAAACCCUGAUGGAAAAAUGGGGGG